UUAUUUAGUCCCGUCGCAAAACCAUCCGGCUAAUCGGUAAUAAAUCACCACAGCAGGUCGCUUCCGAACCACCGGAAAUUGGUGAUAACGGGUCGGGAAAAGGGUGCGUGAACGGGAGCUUACCUACUGCGUACCGCUCGCUCGAGAAGUCGGUAAGGUCUCGUACGUCAGUCAGUUGAACUCGUAGAACUGGGUUGUGCGGAUGCGACGUGCUAAAACACUGUGUGUGUGACCAUGCAAUAAGUUGUCGGUAUAUCGGUCAAACCGAAACUUACUGAGACUCACAUACGUGUCAAGUUCCGCCUCUUAAAUAUUCAAUCGUGAUUUCAUACCUCGAUGUUAGAUCUACAAUCGAACACCAAUAGUAUUAGCACAAUGUCCAGGAAAAGGUCGAGAAGUCGCAGCGAAGAGUUCAUUUCCUCAAAUUCCCACGUCCAACCGAUACAAAUGGCUUUGGUGAGAGAGGCCCCGUUCAGCGAUCAGCCGGAGGCGAUCCGCAACCGCGAACUAUGCGACUACUCGACGAGGAUCACCUACGAAAUGGCGUGCAGCGGCAAGACCAAACGUCCCGUCAGAGUAUACGCUGAUGGUAUCUACGAUCUGUUCCACCAGGGACACGCCAGACAGCUGCUUCAGGCCAAGAACGUGUUCCCCAACGUCUACCUCAUCGUCGGAGUUUGUAACGAUGCGUUGACACACAGCAAGAAAGGCAGAACGGUGAUGAACGAGACGGAGCGCUACGAGGCGCUACGCCACUGCCGCUACGUGGACGAAAUAGUGCGGGACGCCCCGUGGGAGGUGGACGAGGCUUAUGUGGCGAAGCACAAAAUCGACUUCAUUGCCCACGACGACAUUCCGUACGGUUCCGACGAUAGUAACGACAUUUACGCGCACUGGAAGGCCAAGGGGAUGUUUGUGGCGACCGAACGCACCGAGGGCGUCUCCACGUCGGACAUAGUCGCCAGGAUUGUCCGGGACUACGACAUUUACGUCAGAAGGAACUUGGCCAGGGGCUAUUCGGCCAAGGACUUGAAUAUUUCGUAUCUUAGCGAGAAAAAGAUUAGGCUGCAGAACAAGAUGCACGAACUGAAGGACAAAGGUAAGAGGGUGAUUGAUACUAUCGGGGAGAGGAAGGACGACAUGAUAGCCAAGUGGGAAGAAAAAUCUAGGGAGUUUAUUGAGAACUUUUUAUUAUUAUUCGGACGGGAACGUCUAACUAACAUUUGGAACGAGAGCAAGGGGAAAAUUCUGAACGCGCUUAGUCCCCCAAGUUCUCCUUUCCCACCGGCAAGUCCGACGUCCAGCAACGGUGAUUUCGACUUUGAUGAACAUCCACCGAGGAAGAACGCCCGAUACGAUGAUGAUUACAGUGAUGAGGAUGAGUAUAUUUCGGCCUCAUCCAACAGUAUAAAACAAUAAAUAGGUACCUCUUACCUAAACCGUUCUUUUCAUUUUUUAAAUCAAUUUGUGUAUUUUAUUGUAUACUGUGUUAUUAAUAUUUAUUCGAAUAUAUUGUAUUCCUUUUUAUUUAAAUAAAACUAUAAUUUAUUAGUAUGAGUGGUGUUGUGUAAAAUGGCAAGCUAGGUUGUUUGUAUGUUUUACUCUGUGAUUAACUGAUCGAAAUGUAAGCAUAAUAAAGUUUUAUGGCACAGAUGUGAUCAGCGUCUCAAACUGUUAUUUAUAUUUAUUGUUUAAUAAUUUUUUAACCUCAAUGUAAUAUUUUUUGAAUGAAUGUAACAGAUAUUUAUAAACUAAGAGGUAUAACAAGCCAAAGCAAUUGUUGACUAUUUAUUGAUAUUUGUGUAAUGCAGGUGUAAGUUUUUUGAAAACGUUUUACAAGUUGCGUAACUUAUCAAAGACUUUCUUAUAUUACGAGAUUCAAUCUCUCUUUUUAAAUAUAAUAGCGUUUUUAAAAAUACCAAUUUAAACAGUUUGUAAAUGUUGAUAACAACUUUUUUUAUUAUUUUAUAAAUAAAACUACAAUAAACCAUUGCAUUUUACGAAUUUUGUAAUUUUUAUAAUCGUUUUCACAAUAGCUGAAACAAAAAUAAAAGGGACAAACUUCCCAGUUUUCCUAUCUGUAGAUUUCCAGUUAAAAAACUAAAAAGUUAAAUACUAAAAAUUUGGUGGUGCUUGAGCAGAUCUUAGGAUGUUAAAUUGUUUUGCAUAAGUGAUGGUGUUCAGUUUCUUUUUACAAAAAUGAUGAAAUUGUAAAACUCAAAAUGCUUUAUUAGAAUAAGUGUCAAUACAAUUUGAGAAUUGUUAAUAUACAAUAGAUAUUUAUAUUUGAACAAGUUAUUAAGUGAUCUACAAAAUGAUUGUAAUCCUAUUUUUGUAGCAAGUUUACAUCAUACAUGCACUUUGUUUGUAGUUUUACCCAAUAAAAUUUUCAAAAAUUAAA